UUGGAUAGUAAAGAGAAGAGAGACGGAUAAAGUCUGAGAGGGUGAGGCGGCUAAUUGCUUAGUCCGUCCCUCAUUACCAUAUCCAAUGCGCGCGUCCGCUGGACUCCAGCCAAUCCUCCUCCACCUUCACGCGGCUCCAUUAAUCGCGAAGCAUUAUUCACUAUCGUAAUUAUUACAGCGACAUGCGCAACCCGGCGCACAGCGGCAGCGGACGCGACGCCGGUUAAUAUCUGGUUAUUGUGUCGUUCCUCCUCCUUCUCCUCCUCCUCCACCUCCGCUCCUCUCUGCGCUCCACUCGCCAGGCCGUUUGCGAACUUUUUUCUUUUUCUUCUUCUUGUUUUUUUUAAGUGCGCGCCCGCGCGCGCCCGAGUGAGUGAGUGUGUGAGAGUCGAUUCAUUCGCUCUCCUCCGCUGAUGUAUCUGCAAAACGCAGAGGCAUCACGGAGCGCACGAGCAGCAGCAGAAGCAUCGCGGGCGCCGACGCCGCCACCGACGCAGCUGCAAGCAGCCGCCGCAUCAGCAGCAGCAGCAGCAGCAUGUCCCGACGCAAGCAAGCCAAGCCGCAGCACCUCAAGUCGGAGGAGGACCCUGCGAUAGCCGGCGUGAUCUCCGAGCAGCACGCCCGAGGCGAGGUGCUGGAGGACGCCGACAGCGGGAACGAGAGCCGCAGCGGCAGCGAGGAGACGCACGUGUGUGAAAAGUGCUGCGCCGAGUUCUUCAAGUGGUCCGACUUCUGUGAACAUUUACAGAGUUGCACCAAACACCCCCUGGUGCUCAUCGUGAAUGACAAUGAGAGCACGCCUAACCCCUCCCAGGAGUACCCUACGGAGCUCUCCCCUGUGCCCAGCUGCUCCAGUGAGCAGGCUGACAGCGAGGACCCCAGGGAGGGGAACCACAGCUCUGCCGGCGAGGGGGAUGACAUCCCGGAGCCGGCCACAAUAAACGGGGUCAACGUCCUCGAAAAGGAGGACGAGCCGAUGGAGCUCGAGCUACCGCUAGAAAAAAACACGGAUCCCGAAGACACAGACGUGGCAUCUCCGGAGACAGACGGCUCCCUACCUCAGCUCGAUGACGUCGUCCCCUCAUCCGGUACAAACUACGCCAUGCCGAGCACCAAUGUCACCCUGGAGACCCUGCACAGCACCCGGGUUGCAGUUGCCCAGUUUUCACAGAGCGUGAGGGCAGCGGUGGGCAGUGGGGUCUCCACCAUGGCUAUUCCCAUGAUCCUGGACCAGCUGAUGGCCCUCCAGCAGCAGCAGAUACACCAGCUGCAGCUGAUAGAACAAAUACGCAGUCAGGUGGCUUUGAUGAACAGACAGCCUGACUCACAGCCGGCUCUCAACCACAAUCACAGUAAGGCUGCUGGAAACCAGGGGCCCGUGUCCUCCUGCGCCCCUACUGUCGCGAGUCAGCUCCAACUACACAACUUCAUCACCCCCCCUGUCCAUCAGCUGCCCGUUCGGCUGCCGGCCACCCUCAGUGGUCAAGGCCCUUGCCCCCUGACCUCAGCGAUAGAAGGACCCCACUCUCAAACACCACAAAGUAGCAGUCAGCAGUCUAACUCUUUAAUAUCCAACAUGUGCUCAAAUAACUCGGUGUUUUCCUCACCCGGUGGAAGUGGAUUGUCAUCUCUACUUCCCUCCUGCUCAUCUUCCGUAACAAACAAUAUUAGCACUAGUUGUAGUGCGACGGGAGUCGGUGGCAUCAGCAGCAGCUCGGCUCUUCCCAGGAACUCCAGCACCCCUCCCUCGCUCAGCCACAGCAGCCUCCUGAGCUCGGCCUCCAGUCUACCGCUAAUACCUCACAGCUCGCCCAGCAGCGUCAUCUUCCCCAACCCGCUGGCCAGCAUCGCGGCCACCGCCAACGCCCUGGACCCCCUCGCCGCUCUGAUGAAGCACCGCAAGGGGAAGCCCCCCAACGUGUCUGUGUUUGACACCAAGCCCAGCUCUGAGGACCCCUUCUUCAAGCAUAAGUGUCGGUUCUGUGCCAAGGUGUUUGGCAGUGACAGCGCCCUACAGAUCCACCUGCGAUCGCACACAGGCGAGAGGCCCUUCAAGUGCAACAUAUGUGGCAACCGUUUCUCCACCAAGGGAAACCUGAAGGUUCACUUCCAGAGGCAUAAAGAAAAAUACCCACAUAUUCAGAUGAACCCGUACCCUGUGCCAGAGUACCUGGACAACGUGCCCACGAGCUCAGGCAUCCCGUAUGGCAUGUCUUUGCCCCCAGAAAAACCUGUAACCACAUGGCUCGACAGCAAACCCGUCCUCCCCACGGCUCCCACCUCACUCGGACUCCAGCUGCCCUCCACACUGCCGAGUAUGAUGGGAGGUUUUGGCGAGUCUCCGAGCCUCACGCCGCUCAACGGGUCCCCUCAGGGGCCAUCUCCGCCAUUGAGCGAGUGCGCAUCUUUAUCCCCUAAUAUUUUUAUCGACUCCUGCAUGACCACUACUUCACCUUCCCCAAAACCCUAUCUAGGGUGUGAUGCACCGCCUCUCUUGAAAUCUGAAGGUGUUCUCCUUCCACCAAGCUGCUCUAGGCCAGGAGAGAACACCACCACCACCACCACCACCACCACAACUACACUAAGUCAAGUGGUCCUUUCGUCGACUGUCAACUCCCCCACGUUGUCCAGCAGUGGACAGGACAGUGAACCCAUCACUAGCCCUAAUUCUGCUUCUAACCAUGUCUCUCAUCCUGUCCUUCCAAUGCUCUCUGACCAGUUCAAGGCCAAGUUUCCUUUUGGAGGCCUCCUAGACUCUAUGCAAACCUCAGAGACAUCCAAGUUGCAGCAGCUUGUCGAGAACAUUGACAAGAAGAUGACCGACCCGAAUCAGUGUGUCAUAUGUCAUCGCGUUCUGAGCUGCCAGAGUGCUCUCAAGAUGCACUAUCGUAUUCACACUGGCGAAAGGCCUUUCAAAUGCAAGAUAUGUGGGCGGGCGUUUACCACUAAGGGGAACCUGAAAACCCACUUUGGUGUGCAUAGAUCUAAACCCCCACUUCGGGUACAACACUCCUGCCCUAUAUGUCAGAAGAAGUUCACCAAUGCCAUUGUGCUGCAGCAACACAUCCGCAUGCACAUGGGGGGGCAGAUCUCCAACUCCCCGAUCCCCGAAAGCCUGCAAGAGAUGGACACUGACCUAUCCUUCGACGAGAAGAGUUUAGAUGCGAUGAGUAGUUACGACGACGAUCUUCUGGACGAAAUGGAGCAAGCUAUGGAAGACGAAGACGACUUUAAAGAGGGAGAAUUAGACCCGUGUAAACCUUAUUCGCCGGGGUGCUCCCCACCGACUUCCAUCAUCUCCAGCAUCGCUGCGAUGGAGAACCAGAUGAAGAUGAUCGACUCCACCGCCAACAUGACACGGUCUUUUGGCGAAAAGCACACGCAGAACGGCAUCAGCUUCGGAGGAGAGACCGAUUGCUUCGCCGGCGAUUCGCUGUCGGCAUUGGGAGACGCCGAAGGUCAAAGCUUGGGGAGCCCUGCUUUCUCCGAGUCCUCGGGCUCCAUGCAGCAUUUGUCGCCAGCUCACAGCCAUUCGGAGAGCCUGCGGUCCAAGUCCCCCGCGACAUUCAACAGUCUUAACAACGGCGGCGGCGCGACAAUAGACGAGUACCAGGAGAACAAUACAUCUGUCCUGGCGACGGUUAAGUCGGAAAAAUCAGAGACACCAUCUCCGCUUUCUGCAACUGAAGGCACCGGGGCCCUUGACCUGACUGCCACUCAACCCGGCAGGAACUUCAUCAAGGAGGAGAGCCACUUCAGCAUGCUGUUUCUAAACAGAGAUCGAGGGCUGAGCACUCCUAAUUUGGCCAGCACUGCGUCGAACAUGAUCAAAAUGGAAAUGAACGGACACGGCAGGUCAGUGUCUCUGAGCGACAACUCGCACAUGCCGGCGGGGAUCCAGGUUCCCGCCGCGGCGCCCCACAGCAACAUGAGCCCCGGCAUCAACCCCAUGUUGGCUCCCCCGCCUCCGCGGCGCACCCCCAAGCAGCACAACUGCCACUCGUGCGGGAAGAAUUUCUCCUCGGCCAGUGCUCUGCAAAUCCACGAGCGCACGCACACUGGGGAGAAGCCGUUCGCCUGCUCUAUUUGUGGAAGGGCUUUCACCACGAAGGGCAAUCUGAAGGUUCACAUGGGAACUCACAUGUGGAACAACGCUCCGGCCCGAAGGGGUCGCCGACUGUCCGUGGAGAAUCCCCUGGCCUUGCUGGGCGGGAACGCCAUGAAGUUCAGCGAGAUGUUCCAGAAGGAUCUGGCGGCUCGGGCCAUGAACGUCGACCCGGGGUUCUGGAACCAGUACGCGGCCGCCAUCACCAACGGGCUGGCGAUGAAGAACAAUGAGAUCUCCGUGAUCCAGAACGGAGGCAUCGCCCAACUGCCCGUCAGCCUGGGCGGCGCGGGAAUCACGUCGUUGGGACCCAUGGCGGGGGGAAUGGGCCGCGUUCACGCCAGAAGCAGCCCGCUCAUGACGGAUCUGGAGAAAGCCGGUCUGAAUGUCGGGGCCAACCGGCCCUUCUCCAGAUUUAUGGAGGAGAACAAAGAGAUUGGGAUCAAUUAAAGAGACAUUUCGGUAUUAUUCCAAGGUAGACGUUUGGAGUCAAAUAACAAGGAAGGAAACUGUUGAUCCAGUCUGAACUCAUGUGUACUAUAUUAUGUACAGAUUAAAUAUUUUUUUGUUUGGUUUUGGAAAUAUAGUAUUUAGUAUUGAUUAGAGGUCUUUGCCUUUCACCCAUUCCCUCCUCACUUGAUAUUUCGCCUAUACGAAGAAUACUUUGUCUCUUGUUUGAGAAUAUGUCGUCUUGCAAGAUUUGCAUGGUACUUAUUGGUUUUUAUCAGUAUGUUUGACUGCUUUUAUGAAUUCCUUUGAAAAACCAGGAUCCUGCCUCAUUUACGAUGGGCAAGCAUCUUUUUUCCGGAGCGGACUAAAACAGAACAGUUUGAAGACGGUACGGCUUUUUGUCUGGCAGCUUCGUUUACGGUCGCUCUUUUAAAUAUAAAAGGGACGUGGAGAGACUGAAGACUGAAGUAUAGUGUUCCUGUGCUCGCCUGAUAUCCUUCUUUUUUUUUCUCAUCAACUAGAAAACUUGAAAAUAAUAAUGUUUGAACUAUUUUAAUCUUUACAUUUAGUCUCCCAGCAUUGUCUUAUAAUAUUGUCCUGUGUCUUUAGUAUUUAUGAUAUUGACAAAAAAAGCGGGUAUACAAAAAUAUAUUUAAUGGCCCAAGCAUUUUAUUGAUCCGUGUCUUUUCUAAACUGCAGGCUUCACUGAUGAAAAUCUCUUUCAAUAAAGACAGUGUGUCGUUUGAGUUGAACAACAGAGAAAAUGGUAGGUUUUAUUUGGAUAUCUGUUGAGACUACGUGUAUCUCGUGACACGGUGAAGAGGCUAGAGAUAUCCGAAGCUGCUAUGACCACAACCCUGCUUUUAACCUUUGUAAAAAGACAAAAGAAGUGAUCCUUUUGAAGAAAUAUCUAUGUAUAGAAAUACAGACAAAUCUAAAACAGGUAUGCAUAUUUUGUAUCACAUAAAAAUAGACAUCAUGAGUUGAGAGUAUUUGUCAUGUUUGUGAAUGCACUUUUUAAAAACAAGACGUUUUGUCUGUGAGUUACCGUUAACCUUUUGACUGAACUAUCUAUCACGUGCUGUUUUCAUUGUUUUCAGCGUACCACUCCGACAAUUUGCCGAGUCGGUUCUCUGUUGUUGCAUCUGUGCUACUCGUCAGGGUGCAAACUCAUCACUCAAUCAAAACCUUCUUAAAUAAAAAAAAAAAGAGAA